AUGGUGCGAGCUCCUUGCUGUGAGAAAAUGGGACUCAAAAAGGGGCCAUGGACGACUGAAGAAGAUCAAAUUUUGAUCUCUUAUAUAAAAAAACAUGGCCAUAGCAACUGGCGUGCCCUUCCUAAGCUUGCCGGCCUUCUGCGAUGUGGGAAGAGUUGCAGACUUCGAUGGAUAAAUUACCUGAGGCCCGGUGUUAAGAGAGGAAAUUUCACCCUACAGGAACAGAACAUGGUUCUUCUGCUCCAUGAGAAGCUUGGCAAUAGGUGGUCAGCCAUUGCGGCGGAGUUACCAGGUCGAACGGAUAACGAAAUUAAGAACUUUUGGCACACCCAUUUGAAGAAACGGGUAGUUUAUAAACAGAGCUAUGUUUAUGAAAAAAAGUCAGCUGAUUCUGCCAUUGUUGAAGCCAAAUCAAAAUCCCAGAAGCUGGAUUUCUCUAACCAUUAUGAAUUACCAUCUUCUUCCUUCUACCCUUCACCACUUACAAAUUCUCCAACCGGCUGCAACGAAUUCCAGAGCGAACAACAUAUUGAAAUCUUUGAGGCAUUUCAUCAAACAUGUGGUGGGCGUUGGCCAGUGGAGCCGUCGACGGCAAAUUUCAAUGGGGCUUUCAACUCGUCGACGGUCAAUGAUGAGGAACGAGACCAGUGGCCGUCGUUCAGAGCCAUGGACGAUAGUAUGGAGUUUUGGUAUAGCGUGUUCGUUAAAGCCGGUGGGUCGCCGACCGACCCUGCAUUUUAG